AAAGGGAAACGGUUCGCUGAAAAUUUUCGCUAUUUUUAGAAAAAGGUGAUUACCAAUAUUGUACUAGAAAAUUGGAAAAUCCGUUCAGGGUAAUUUCUAAUCGGAAAGUGGAAAAAUACAUACUACUUGUAAACAAAGCUGUAUCUAAGGUUGAAGACAAUGUUUAGCUUAGCGGAACAAUACUCGCCUGUAGAAACCUUGGACGAUGUCUUGAAGACAGCAAUAGAAUGUAACAGCAUCACGCCAUUGGUCAAACAUGAACUGGCUAUGAAGGUUAAACAAAAGCGACAGAUGAGUGGAGAAGGAGAAAUCAAAAACCUGUUUGAACCUCCUAAAAAUUAUGAGCUUACAACUGAAGAAAAAACAAAAAUGGAAAACAGAAAACAGAGGAACAGAGAAUCCGCGGAGAAAGCAAGAGUAAAAAGAAAACGUAGAGUAGAAGUUUUAGAAGAUGAAUGCAAAAUGCUAGAAGAUCAGCAAAGAUCCUUAAACUCUGAUAUUAAAAAGCUUAAACUGUGUGCAAAAGUAUUCAAUCAAGUGCUUCACAGUCAUGCAGUUGGAGGGAGGUGCACUUCAAUUCCAGCUAAUCACCCAAGACUGCAACAAGCACAACUUACACGGGGAAGUCCUCUAAUGAAUACAUGAUAGUCACUAAUAUACUACCAUUCAUUAAUAUAAACUACCAUCCCUGGUAACGAUAAACUCUGUUUUGAAUAAUUCCAUCAAGAACAGAAGAGUGUGUCUGUUGGUACUGUAGCAGGCUCUCUCAUUAAAAGACUUUUAAACUCGUUUUCAAAUUUGAAAACUUUAUAAUUCAUUUACAAAUGAAAUAAAUUGUUCAUGUUUUUUUAAGCUUAAAAUUCACGAAAAUUUAACAAUAGUUUUUGUUAUCUAGAAUAUAAGUUUUUCGAAUAGCAGCAAAAAAAAAGCAGGCAGUUGUCUGUUCUAACGAAAAAAAAAAUACUAUGUAAAUCUUCUGAUAUUAUUUCGCCGGUUCAGAAUCAAAUGCAUUCUGGGUAUUAUUUUCAAAACUGUACAUCCAAAGCCUUUGAUUAGCUAAGGACGUUCUAAACAAUGGAAAUUCAACCAAUGACAUGCCGUUAUUUUCAUUUCGGGUACAAACAAUGAAAAUAUCCACAAUCCUUUAGAUUCUGAAACGGCGAAAUUAGGUAAACCCUCAUGUCUUUCUACCUCAUAUAACAUUACAGUUCUAUGUGUAUGUCUUGAAUGAAUGUGCAAUGUGAUUAUUUCAUUUCAAUAAAGAUCUGUAUGUGA